AUGGCGCAACGAGGAGCCCGUGGUGGUGGUCGCAGUGGUAGUCACAUUAGUGGUCGUGAUGCUGGAGAUAGAAAUGCAUCCCAAUCAUACAAUGAUGCAGAAAGUCAACCUUCUUCUUCAGUUAGAGGAUCAAACAUCUUAGAACAAGUUCCAAGUAACCCAUCAAAAAGGAAGUUCAUUGAAGUCGAUUCUGAAAAGGAAUUUACGGAUCAGAUUUCAGUGAUCAGAGCCAUCACAUGUAUACUGAAGACGAUGUUUGACGGCCCAUGGACCUCAUGGAAGAAGGUUGACAAAGAACAUCGUGAUGCAAUGUGGGAACACUUCAAGGGUUUGUAUGUUUGGCCCGAAGAGACUGAUGUUCUUGCUCGCAAGGUAUGGGAAGACUGUAUGAAGAAACGAUUUCCUGACGUAAUGCGAAGAGCACGUGAAGCAUCUUUAAAACUUGCCAAAGCUGCAAAUGUGAAUGCCUCACUAGAAGGUGAUUUAAGUUUGCUAAAGGACUAUCGCCUAAAUUGGAUAAAAAAUGAGUAUUGGGAAAAAAUGAUCAAUGAAGUGUGGACCACAUCCAAAUGGAAACGUUUAUCACAAUCAGGGAAAAAUAACAGAAAUAAAUUAGAAGAUGGAUAUGUUUCCAAACAUACCGGGGGUUCUAUAUCUAUUCGUCAACAUAAGAAAAGAAUGCAAGCAAUGCUUAAACGCCCUCCUACAGGAGUUGAACUUUAUGCAAGGUUGCACACUAAACGGUCUACUCAAGAGUACAUUACACCAAAGGCAGCUAAAGUUAAGGAGGCUUAUGAAAGUGCUAUGGUGGCUAAGUUUGGUGAUGAUACUAGUUGCCACCCCCUCUUGGAUAAUGAAACAUGGUGUGAUGUUUCCGGAGGAGUCAAGAAAGGAAGAAUAUAUGGAUUCGGAUCUGUGUCUGAUCCAGCGAGCUUUUUGGAAGGAACAUCUAGUACAAUAACAUCCCAAGAGGUUGUCUAUGAACGUGUACGAAACGAGAUGCGUGGCGAAAUGGAUGCUAAAGCUGCAGAAAUGGAAGCUAAACAUCAACAAAUGCGUGAGGAAAUGGAUGCCAAAGCUGCAGCAAUAGAUGCCAAACAACAACAAAUUGAUGCAAAAUAUGAAGCAAUGGAGAAGAUGUAUGCAGCCUUGCAAAAUAUGAUGGGAAAUUGAAAAGUAGAGGUAAUAUGAUGUUAACCAUUAGUAUUUGAUGUUUUUGAUUGACUUGUUAACCUUUUGUAUUUGAUGUUUUUGAUUGUUUUGAAUAAUGUUUUCUAAAAUGUUAUUUUGAAGGUUAAACUUUUUUCUGUUUGUACCUCUUUUGCAUACUUUGGAUUUCUUGGUUCUAAAAUGUUAUUUUGAAGUUAAACCGUUGGGAGUUUGAUGUUAUGUGGAUAGUUUCGUUUUUGGAUGUUUCUUGAAUGACACUUUGGUAAACUUUGAUAGUUUUGGUAUUGUAAUGCUUGGUUGUAUCAUUAUUUGAUGUUCUUUAGUAUAAUAAUUUGAUGAUUGUAG